AUGAGGACCUCUACCAAUCUCUCCGUUAUCCUGCUUGCUGCCACUGCCGCGCUUGUCUCGCAGUCCAGCGGGGCGCCUAUCGACCCCGAACAGCCUUGGCAGCAGCAUAUCGCCAAGAGGGUUCAACAAGUAGCAUCCACAUACCCCGUAGACUAUCGCUCCAAUGUUUCCGACUAUUCCCUCUUCCAAAUCUUCCAAAACCAAGGCGAACUCCCGCAGCCAAUGCGUGGUAACAUUGGCUCAACAAACCUUGGCCCAGACAACACAGAAAUCAGCCGUCAGAACCCGGACACCUUUGCACCGCCCAGCACGGACCAUGGCACGAUUCCUCAAGCCAAAUGGCCAUUUGCCCUGAGUCACAAUCGAUUGCAGACCGGUGGCUGGGCCCGUCAACAGAAUGUCGAUGUCCUUCCGGUAGCAACUGAGCUGGCUGCAGUCAAUAUGCGUCUUGAUAAAGGCGCAUUCCGCGAGAUGCAUUGGCACUCGGCCGCAGAGUGGGCUUAUGUUCUAGAAGGUACAACUCGAGUUGCUGCUGUGGAUCCCGACGGCAAGAAUUACGUCGCUGAUGUCGAGGCCGGAAAUCUCUGGUACUUCCCCGCCGGCACCCCACACUCGCUCCAAGGAGUCAGUGACAAUGGAACGGAGUUUCUUCUCGUGUUCGACGACGGCAGUUUCUCGGAAGAUUCAACACUCCUGCUCACCGAUUGGAUGGCACACAUUCCCCGCGAGGUGAUUGCUAAGAAUUUUGGUCAAGCUGACCUGUCGACGUCAGCGUUUGAUAGAUUUCCUUCUCAAGAGCUCUACAUCUUCCCCGGACAGGUGGACAACUCGACCAACGGCACCUCUGCUGUUGAUUCUCCUCAGGGACAUCGCACCGAACAACCGUUCACGUACGAUCUGAACAGCCAGGCGGUGACCCAGUUUAAUGGAGGCUCCGUCAAAGUUGUCGACAGCUCCAAGUUUGCGGUGUCCAAGACCAUUGCGGCUGCUCUGGUCACCAUCCAACCCGGCGCGAUUCGAGAGCUGCAUUGGCACCCGAACAGCCCCGAGUGGGACUAUUUCAUCAAAGGACACGCCAGGAUCACCAUUUUUGCUGGACAGAACAACGCGCGCACGUACGAUUUCCAGGCUGGUGACACAGCGUACAUCAGCGAGCAGAAUGGCCACUAUAUCGAGAACAUCGGAGACACUGACGUGCAGUACCUCGAAAUCUUCAAGACGGACACUUACAAGGACGUUUCACUGAGCAACUGGCUUGCUCUUACACCUCCCAAUGUUGUACAGGCUCAUCUUGGCUUUUCAAACCAUGACAUGGACAAGCUGUACAGCACUUUCAAGACAAAGGAUCACGUCGUCACUCAACAACCGAGCGGCCCGAACGCUGGAAAUGGCAAUCCAGUGCUGCCACCCGCAAAGUCAGAGCAGGUUGCAGCGACAGGCUUGCACAAGCGUAGCUCCGCCGGAGGCAAGAUCAGCUUCUACUAA